UUUAAAAAAAAAAAAACCAUGUUGCCAUGGUAACCCUUCCAAACAUUCCUUCUUCAUUUGCAACGCCGAGGAACAUGGUGCGAAUCACCGAGGAGCUUAUACGACGCCGUGCAGAGCACAACAACUGUGAGAUCUUCUCCCUGGAAGAAGUGUCCCUCCACCAGCAGGACAUUGAGAAAAUCGAGUACAUUGACAAGUGGUGCAGAGACCUGAAGAUACUUUACCUCCAGAACAACCUCAUCUCCAGAAUCGAAAAUGUGAACAGGCUAAAGAAGCUGGAGUAUUUAAAUCUUGCCUUAAACAACAUUGAAGUCAUAGAAAAUUUGGAAGGAUGUGAAAGCUUGCAGAAGCUGGAUCUCACAGUGAACUUCAUUGGACAGCUGAGCUGUGUGGAGUCUCUGAAGCACAACAUCCACUUGAAGGAGUUGUUUCUGGUGGGAAACCCUUGCACGGACUUUGAAGGCUACAGGGAAUAUGUGAUAACCUCUUUGCCGCAACUGAAGUGGUUGGACGGGCGGGAAAUCGGGCGGUCGGAAAGGAUCCGAGCCGGGCAAAGUCUGGAGGCUGUGAGGAGGCAGAUCCGAGAGCAGGAGAGGAAGUACCUGGAAAAGAGGGAACGACAGAAGCUGGAAGCCCAGAGGAGUCUGGAGAAGCAGGGACAGAAGAGGAGCACAACAGAUGCGAAAGGAAACGAGCCAGGCUUUGAUGGCCGCUGUUACACAGAUAUCGAGAACACAAUUCCAGGUGCUGAUGAAAACAAGGAGAACGAGGAGAAGGGUGGCGCCGAGGAGACGGGAACGGGACCGCGCACAGAUGACCCGGACAAGGAAUUCUGGGAAACGCCGUGCGACUUCACCCCCGAGUCUCGGCUUGAAGCCCACCGUUACGUGGAGGAGAAGCGGCGGUUAAGAGACAGAGACAGGGAGAAGGACGAGAAGCCCAGAGCUGCGAAGACUCUCGUCUCGAAGGAGGGAAGGAUCCUUAAUGUCAACGAGCCCAAGCUGGAUUUCUCCUUGACUGAAAACGAUGAAGAUAACCUUAUUGUCCUGGAGCUCGCAGUUUACAGGCACAUGGACACCUCUCUGCUUGAUGUUGACGUCCAGCCAACAUAUGUUCGAGUGACGGUCAAGGGGAAGGUUUUUCAGCUGGUUCUUCCUACUGAGGUGCUUCCCGACAGCUCCGUGGCAAAGAGGUCGCAGACCACCGGACGCCUGCAGCUCACCAUGCCAAAGGCCCAAGGUGAAGUGAAACCUAAAGCUGCUGCCCCCCGUCAUCGUAAAGCGUCCCGCGGCAGUGAAAGUGGCGCUCCGAUGGCAAGGCCGGCGAAAGGAGUCGAGAAGCUGGAGGUGGACCCGAGUGCGCGCUCCGCUGUCGAUGUGACCAACAUAGUAUCCCAAGAGAAGACCACCCCUCUGGGGCCUUUAAAGCCCCUUCUCACCCCAGCAACAGCCAGAAUCUGUGACUGUGAAGGGUUUGAGGACGACCCUGACGUCCCGCCUUUGAUAUGAUGAAACGGACACUGUUGUGUGAUUCUGAGACACGCUGUCCUUUUUGUGUCCCACUCUGUCCCCAUUUGCAGAGGUCAGCUGAAUAGUUAAAUGCAGUCAUUUUUUUUAAAAAAAAAAAAAAAAGUUAAAGUAGCUGAACUGAAUACAAACUAUGGCUCCUUAAUUAACAACGCAGGUGUUUGUAACUCAGUUUGUUUGUAACUCCAAACUCUUUGUUUGUCAUUACCCCCACAAGUUCAGUAAUAUAGAUGCCCCUCAGUGUUUUUUUCCAUGGGUGAGAUUAAAAAACAAACAAUUCUACAGCUAAA